GGAGAUGAAUAACGAAGAAGUACAACCUUCCACAAUUAGGCACGUGAAUCUGAUCUCAAAUUUAACAAGAACAAGAUUAGAGAAAGAAGAAGAAGAAGAAGAAGAAGAAAGAGUGUAGAUUUGUUGAGAAUAGCAUAGAUCGGAAGUGAUGGAGUCUUCACAAUCACACACCAACAACCCUAAUCCGAACCCCAAUCCGCUGGCUUUAUCGGUUCCGGUAUGGCCAACGAUCGACGGUCCACUAGGACUAUCAGAGGAAGAAUCAGUGAAAUACGCACGAAGAUUCUACAAAUUCGGAUUCGCACUUCUUCCUCUUCUUUGGGCCGUUAAUUGCUUCUACUUCUGGCCUGUCAUUCGUCACUCCCAUUCCUUCCCUCGCAUUCGCCCCUAUGUUGUUGGGUCUGCCGUUGGUUUUACUGUAUUUGCGACGCUUCUUUGUUCCUGGGCUCUUACAUUUUCCAUUGGAGGGGAACGCCUCUUCGGCCCUGUCUGGGACCAGUUGGUCAUGUACAAUCUUGCUGAUAGGUUCGGCUUAACAGGCUGGAGCUAGUUGUACUUGGACCCUUGUAGAUGAAAAUAUCACCUUAUUUACUUAUAGGGUGAGUGGAUGUGUAUUACUGAUACAAUAAACUAUGUAUUCUGUUAUUGAAUUAGUGGAUUUCAUCCUGGAGCAAUGUUUCAAGAGGAUGGUUAUGUGUCUUUAUUGCUUUUUGGGCUGGGGGUGGAUAUAAUGUACAACUUAGCUUUUAGAUUCA